AUGUUGGUAGAGGAUAUCUCGGAAAAUUUCAUUCACGAAGUGUUGAAAUACCACUGGAGCAUUGGCGAGUCUGAAAGGCAUGACAAGAGCAAAGUACCAAUGUUCAGUGCUUUGCUAUGCAUCAGCCCCAUACGACGCAUGUCCAGUAUGGAAAUUUCUCCCCCAUUUUCAACCUCCAUAACGGCAGCAUCUACUAGAACCAGCACUACUAUCACUACUCCAACCACUACUAAAACCACAACUCCGACCACUACUACCACCACCACUCCAACCACCGUGACAACCACUCUAACCACUACUACCACCACCACUCCAACUACUACUACCACCACCAGUGCAACCACCAUAACAACCACUCCAACCACUACUCCAACCACUACCACCACCACUCCAACCACUACUUCAGCCACUACUACCACCACUCCAACCACCAUGACAACCACUCCAACCACUACUCCAACCACUCAAACCACCAUGACAACUACUCAAACCACGACAUUCACUACUCCAACGACUACUACCACCACUCCAACUACUACUACUGCCACCACUCCAAUGACAGUUUCAGCCACCACAGCUGCUCUGGCCACCCCCAGAACCACAGCGAUUUCAACUACUACCACCACUCCAACUACUGCUACCACCACCAGUGCAACCACCAUAACAACCACUACUCCAACCACUACCACCACCACUCCGACAACCACUCCAACCACUACUUCAGCCAUUACUACCACUACUCCAACAACUACUACCACCACCACUCCAACCACCAUGAUAACCACUCCAACCACUACUCCAACCACUACCACCACCACUCCAACAACCACUCCAACCACUACUUCAGCCAUUACUACCACCACUCCAACCACUACUACCACCACUCCAACCACCAUGACAACCACUCCAACCACUCAAACCACCAUGACAACUACUCAAACCACUACAUUCACUACUCCAACGACUACUACCACCACUCCAACUACUACUACUGCCACCACGCCAACGACAGUUUCAGCCACCACAGCUGCUCUGGACAGCCCCAGAACCACUGCGAUUUUAACUACUACCACCACUCCAACUACUACUACUACCACCACCAGUGCAACCACCAUAACAACCACUCCAACCACUGCUCCAACCACUACCACCACCACUCCAACAACCACUCCAACCACUACUUCAGCCAUUACUACUACCACUCCAACCACUACUACCACCACCACUCCAACCACCAUGACAACAACUCCAACCACUACUCCAACUACUCAAACCACCAAGACAACUACUCAAACCACUACAUUCACCACUCCAACGACUACUACCACCACUCCAACUACUACUACUGCCACCACUCCAAUGACAGUUUCAGCCACAACAGCUGCUCUGGCCACCCCCAGAACCACAGUGAUUUUAAGUACAACCACUGCCACCACUACUCCUCCAACCACUGCUACCACCACAGCUACUCUGACCAGCACCAAAUCUCCAGCCAUCACACAUGCUGUGACUACCACCAGCACCACUGCUAUUACCAACACUGUUGCACCAGCCACCACUUCAGCUAGUCUGACCACUAACAAAGCCCUUACAACCACCACCCCUGGUCCAACAACCACCACCAAAACCACUGCACCACCCAGCAUGACCACAGCUGCUCUGAGCACUCUUAUAACCACUAGCACAGUUUAUCCAAACACCACUGCUCCUCCAACCACCACUAGCACCACUGCUCUGACCACUAUCACUGCUCCAACUACCACCACUUUCCCAAAUACCACCAUUACUGCUGCUUUAUCUACCACCACUGAAGUACUAACCACCAGCUCCAAUGCUCCGAUCAUAACCUCUGCUCUCCCCACCAUUGCUGCUCUGACCACAAGCACUGCCCCAAUCACCACUGCAGCACCUUCCACCACUGCUGACCAAAAUAUUAGUAAAGCUGCUCAAUCCCCCACCACUGUUUUUCCAACUACCACCACAAUUGCUCCAACCAUCACCACUGCUGCUCAAACCACCUCCACUGCUUCUGUACUGAUCACUAGCAUAACUCCUCCAACCACCACUGAUGCUCCAACCACUGAACCUAGUUUGAUCACCACCACUGUACCAACUACCAGCACCACUUCUCCGGCCACUACCACAGCUCCAACAACCACGACCGCUGCUCCAGCCACAACUGCUUCUUUGUCCACCACCAAUUCUGAUGCUCCAAUAACUGCUGCUCUGAACACUAGCACUUCUUUUCCAACAGCUACCACUACUGCUCCAACCAUAAUUGCCACUCCAACCACUAGCACAGCUGCUCAAAUCACCACCGCUGACCUGACCAAACCUGCUGCAUCAACCACCAGCACCACUGCAGCUCUGACCCCUUCUACCUGUGAAGAAAUCUGCACUGAAGAGAACAUAACGAUUACAGCAGUGAGAUCUACCAGUAUAUUAAGUACUCAUAUUUUUGCACAAUUAGUAAAUAAUAAAGUGGUAAAAAGCCUAGAAGUAAAUGAAAGCUACACUAUUAAUGUUGAGAUAAAGACUAUCAGUGCUAGUAAAAUUAAAAUUAAAACUACACACUCUAUCCUUCCUACAUCAAUCCUAAUUCAUGUUGGUGAUGGAGAACAUAUUACUGACCAUACUGAUACUCUGAUUACAAUGACUGAAACCACAAGUCCAAACACAGAAAAGUUUUAUCCAGAGGCAUAUUGUAGUAAUCCAGCCAAGAUUGACUCAGUCACAGAGACAUCUUACAAUGCUGAAAAUUCUUGCUCCAAGUUUACCAAAACAACCAUAACAACUGAGGAAGUCAUUGUGCUGGGUCCUGAUGGAUUUCCCAAAAUUUGCACUCAUUAUUAA